GCUAGAAGUUACCCGUACAAAGCCUUUUCUUAUUUGGCAGCGGCCCGACCCGCCGGACCCGACCCGGCGCAGCUCAUUGAAGAGGCCAGAAUACAAUUAGGCUCUCUUUAACGGUCUCCGUUGGGGACGUGAUGGCUCUCUUUAAGCUCUGCCUCUAGUACCCAUCUGGGAAUACGAACGGGGGAAGGAAGAAAAGGUUUGGCGUUGACGAGAAAAGGCAAUGGCCGGUGCCGGGAAUUAUAAUUGGUUGUAAAAUUUGGUGAGAGUGUGACCUCCCAGAUUCCAAUGUCUCUGUGAAGGAGGAGCCGUAAAUUGGAGGGGGGCCCUGAGCUGCUGAAGGUGCAGGUAGUACAGCAGAGUUCCUGUGCGUGAGGUGCGUGGCCAAUUAACUUGGGCUACACCUACCUUGAGACAUCGGCCCCUUACUCCUUUCUUGUCUUUUGUAAUCGUCAUCUCUCAUCAUUGUCCGUCCGACAUUGACAAAGCAUUAACCUAAAAGGGUAGAGAGCCGUAGAGCUUUGGAGGCCAUACUGAGGAGAGAAACGGUCAGAUUUGGUCCGGACCGUUUGGGAUGAAUCGACGCCAUUGGGGAAGUGGGUUGCUUCCCAACCUUGAUUUAAUACGCGGGCUCCUCUUGCCCUUGCUUUUGGUUUCUGCAACAACAUAAAGGAAAGGGGUCUUAAAAAAUUUGAUUGGGUGCCCUGGUUGGGAGGAAAGAGACCGAAGUCAAUAUAAGCUGCAGUAGCAAUCGGGCAUUACUUGAGGUGUAUCUAUCAGAAAGUAGUCACAGUGAGUAAUAAAUCUAAGGGGCACGAGCGCGCCCAUUCCCACGCCCACAACCAUUUUUGGUGUUUGAUUUUUUUAAUCCUGGGCAGAGGCCAGAGUUGGUGUUUGAUUUUUUUAAUCCUGGGCAGAGGCCAGAGUGGUGUACAGGGGAAGGACUCCACGGGUGUUGUGGUGUUAGCGGGAUUCGAACUCGCCUCCCGAGAUGCGAGUUCCAUACGUGGUCUGAAAAGGUUUGAGGGUGAGGUGAGGUGGGUGGUCAUUAUUAUAUACGUCAGGUGAGAGGGGUGACCUGUGAAUGAACACAAGUACAACUGGUGAGGAGCUUAAUGCGGUUGGAGUCUAUUUAGCCUGUUGGAUUUGAGGCCAAACGAGCAGAGAAAACCGAAAAUGAAGACCUCUUCUCCUUGGGAAUGGGAAAACCUCGUGCUGUUUCCUGGCAAUGGUGGGCUCAAGGCCAGCAGUGGAGAUGGGAAAGUUAAGGAGCAAACGGUGAAACAGAGCUCACCAGUUUCUUCUCCUCCGAGGACUUCGACUAAGGAGACUCGAACCGUGGGUGCUCCAGACGGCAGUGAGCACAGCGGAGUGGUGACAGUCGCCGUUCCUGCAGGGUCAGGGGAGUCGGUAAUCGGGCUGAAGUUGGGCAAGCGCACUUAUUUUGAAGCCGUCAAGGCAAUUCCUGCAGCAUCGCCCUCGCCGGCGAUUAGUCCUGCGACGAAGAAACAACGGAGUGGGGUGCAGCAGGGCGGAACCCAACAAGUUUCGCGGUGCCAGGUGGAAGGGUGUAAGCUAGAGCUGAGUGGUGCCAAGGAUUAUCACCGCCGCCACAAGGUCUGCGAACCGCAUUCUAAGGCCUCCAAGGUAAUCGUCAACGGAAUAGAGCAGCGCUUUUGUCAGCAAUGCAGCAGGUUUCAUCUUUUACCUGAAUUUGAUGAAGGAAAACGAAGUUGUAGGAGACGCCUAGCUGGUCACAAUGAGCGACGCAGGAAGCCUCAACCAGAUUCUAUGGCAAUAAAUACUGGACGAUAUGGUUCCACCUUCUAUGAUGACAGGCGAAUUAGCAGCUUAUUGAUGGAUAGAUCACAUUUCAUGCAUUCACGAUAUGGAUCAAGUUCAAUUCUAGGGGAUUCCAUUGACUUCAAGCUUGGAUAUGGGAAAGGAUGUUGGCCAAGGGUCAAGUCAGGCGAUCAACCACCAUUUGAUGGACAAGUAACGGGAGGUCCCCUUUCUCGUUACAAUACAGACAAGUUGCUUUUGUUCCUACAGAGUUCCAAUAAGGGUGUACCUGUUGGUGCUAUUAAUCAGGGCAUUCCUCACUACCUGCAAAGCACUGGGGGACAUGUGGGUCAAGCUCUGACUCUCUCAUCAUCUUCCUCAGGUGAAGAUCUUGCAGGGUUAGGUGUAUCAUCAGCUACUUUAUCAGGAGUCUCUGACUCUGGGUGUGCUCUCUCUCUUCUGUCAUCUAACUCCUGGACCUCAAGGGGGGCUCCAGGCUCAGCCUCGUUUGAUCACAUGACCACACGAAGUGUUGGUGUUACAAUGGAUCAGCUCAUACAAGAAACUACUCAGCCUCUUAUGGUGCAGCAGCAAGGAGCACAACGUAACUUUGGUCUCGCAUCACCAGACAAGUUGCUAACUAAUUGCUCCCAGUCCUCCACGAAUGGCUUUCCUGUAAGUUUGGAUAAAGAGCACCCAGGAGAGCCACUUGUUGGUAUUGGAAAUUAUGAAGGACACGUGUUUGGAUUGUUGCAGGGAAAUAAUUUUAGGGGUUCCCAUGCAGCAACUUCACAAGAUAUUGAACGCACCAUGGACUUGAUGCACAGGACUUCACAGGCACAAGCUAGUAAUUCACACGGUCAAGCUGUUAUGGUGCACCAUGAUGGUAGGCAGUUUACUGACUCACAGCUGUUGAGGUCGUUUGAAUCAUCUGUUUAUGACACUAACCCAAUGCUUUAGCUUUCAUUAUGUUUAUUGUAUGGGCUUCUUUGUUUUGCUUUCAAGAAUCUUGAAGCUAAACUGUUUAAACUUCAUUAUGGAACUAUUGAAGGCGUUUGGCUGUAAAAACAUAAUUUCGAUCAAUUUUUCUUUUCA